GAGAGAGUGCGAAUGCGCUUGAGUUUGAUUUGGUUUCGAGCGGCCUUUUAUAAAGACAACGAGAAUCGUCAAGUUUCGUUCAGUGUCUCAAGCGUCGUUGCUUCGAUCACUACACACGAGAGCCGCGUUUGUCCAGUCGCUUCCAAAGCCUGAAAGCUUUCAGUUCAUCUUGUUAACAGAAGCCUCAUUCUCUCUGCCAGCGGGCAAUCAUCUGUGUUUGAGUUGGGAAAGAUAAAAACAAAGGCGAAUACCACAUAAUAAUAGCAACAAUUCAACCGCCACACGCACACAGACAUAAUACAACAAUAAACAAAGGCGAUCAGUGAGCAGCCUCUCUGCCUGCCCCUCGCUCUAUCGUCCAAAAGCCGACGCCGCCACGAAAUGGCAAAGCGAAGUGCCGCCCGUCAUCUGGCAGUCAUCUGCAGCGGCUUGCUUGUGGUUCUCGCCAUCUCAACAAGCUUUUGCUCAGCCGGCACUUUUAACACUCGGCCUGCGUUCCCUGUCCCAACCGGUGAGGUUCAGCCCUCUAGUGGUACUAACAAGCAGCCAGCCAGACGCGUCAUGCAUCCAGCCUUUGCCAAUGCCGGCCGCGCUCCCGGACUAGAAAUCUGGCGCAUCGAAAAUUUCGAGCCUGUGCCCUAUCCACCAAACAACUAUGGCAAGUUUUUCACUGGAGAUUCCUUCAUCAUUCUGAAUACCAAGCAGAAUCCGAAAGACAAGCAACUCACUUGGGAUGUGCACUUCUGGCUGGGUUCGGAGACAUCCACCGAUGAGGCUGGAGCUGCGGCUAUAUUGACCGUGCAAUUGGACGACAUCCUGAAUGGAGGGCCCGUGCAGCAUCGCGAGGUGCAGGAUCACGAGUCACAGCUGUUCCUGGGCUACUUCAAGAAUGGUGUGCGGUAUGAACAGGGCGGCGUUGGCACUGGCUUCAAGCACGUGCAGACGAAUGCCCAGGGCGAGAAACGUCUGUUCCAGGUGAAGGGCAAACGUAACGUGCGCGUGCGCCAGGUAAACCUCUCCGUCUCCUCGAUGAACAAGGGCGAUUGCUUCAUUCUGGAUGCUGGCAAUGAUAUCUAUGUCUAUGUGGGUGCUCAGGCCAAGCGCGUAGAAAAGUUGAAAGCCAUCAGCGCUGCUAACCAGAUUAGGGAUCAGGAUCACAAUGGACGCGCCCGUGUGCAGAUCAUUGAUGAGUUCAGCACGGAAAUGGAUAAGCAGCAGUUCUUCGAUGUGCUCGGCUCUGGCUCAGCCGCCCAAGUGCCCGAGGAGUCCUCCGCCGAUGAGGAUGGCGCUUUUGAGCGCACAGAUGCUGCCACGGUCACACUCUACAAGGUGUCCGAUGCCAGUGGCAAGCUCCAAGUGGAUACCAUUUCCCAAAAGCCGCUACGUCAAGCCAUGCUGGACACACGCGAUUGCUUCAUUUUGGACACGGGCUCUGGCAUCUUUGUAUGGGUGGGACGCGGCGCCACUUCCAAGGAGAAAUCCGACGCCAUGGCUAAGGCAGAAGAGUUCCUGCGCACCAAGAAAUAUCCAGCCUGGACCCAGAUCCAUCGCAUCGUCGAGGGUGCAGAGUCGGCUCCAUUCAAGCAAUACUUCGAUACCUGGCGUGAUGCGGGUAUGGCUCAUACCCGUCUGGUACGCUCUGCUCUAGACAUCGGUUCGGAUGAGUCUCUCGACAUGGAUGAGAUCGAUGCUGUUGUGCAGAAGUUGAAGAAAAGCGGCGGUCGCGCUAUUGGCUUCAUGCCUGAUCAUGGCCAGAACAGCAUCAAAGACAUCACCCAGUAUGUCUCCAAGGCGGGCAGCAAUGAGGUGCUGAGCAACCAUGUGCCCUUCGAGGAGGAGAUGCCACUGCUGGGUUUCGGCUCCUAUGUCCUGACUUACAACUAUGAAGCCAACAAUGGCGACAAAGGCGCCAUCGUUUAUGUCUGGCAAGGCGCCAAGGCCAAGUCGGCUGUUAAAGAGCGUGCUUUCGAAGAUGGCAUGGCUUUGGCCGUCGAUCAGAACGCUUUGCUGGUGCGCACCACACAGGGUCAUGAACCUCGUCACUUCUACAAAAUUUUCAAGGGCAAGUUGUUGACAUCCUAUACUGCGUUACCCGUGUCCGCGCAGCUGUUCCGCAUACGCGGCACUGUCGAGAGCGAUAUCCAUGCAAGCGAGGUGCACGCGGAUAGCUCUUCGUUGGCAUCUGGAGACGCCUUUGCCCUAGCUUCCACCAAGACGCACAAGGUGUUCAUCUGGCAGGGCUUGGGUGCCUCUACCUUUGAAAAGGAGGCAGCCACGACGCGCUUUGCUCACUAUUGGAAGGAUGCCGAGCUGGAGUUAAUCGAAGAGGGCGCUGAACCCGAUGAAUUCUGGGCGGAUCUGAACGGUGAGGGUCAGUACGACCGCAGCCUAGAGGACGAAACUGCACCACUGCUCGAACCACGUCUCUUCCACUGCCGGCUGACACGCGCUGGUCGUGCCAAGGUCGAGGAAGUCGCUGACUACCAGCAGGAGGAUCUCGAUACGGAUGACAUCAUGCUGUUGGAUGCUGGCGAUGAGAUCUACAUGUGGGUCGGUUCCGGAGCCACCGCCGAGGAGAAUGGCAAGAUACUGGACAUGGCCAAGCGCUACAUCAGCUUGGAGCCCACCGCCCGCACCGUGGACACCGUUAGCAUUAUUCGCGUCACCCAGAGCCAGGAGCCCCGCGUCUUCAAACGCAUGUUCCCCGCCUGGGAAGAUAACUACUGGCAGACCCUGCCUUCCUAUGAGGACAUCAAACGCCAGGUUCUGGAUGCCAACAAUGAGGUCUAAUACAUCCUCGGCUAGAAUACUCAGCAAAAUUGACCAAAAAUUUACGUUCGCUUUUGCCUUAACAUAAUACAGAAUAUAUA